AGCGUUCACAGAUCAGCAUUAAUCUACCUGGCAAAGCACAACACACAUGCAUUUUGUGUUCUUGGAAUUGCCUUGAGUUGAACAUCAUGAAAUCCACGUUGUCCAGAGCCAUGGCCUGAAGAUGUUUUUGUUCAACAUGUUAAACAUACAUCUCUUUUGGUGGGAGAUGACAUGAACUAUUUUCACUUUGGAAUAAAAGUUUCACCAACACACCCAAAUUCCAUAAUUCUUCACUUUGAAAACUGAACGAGCUCUGCAAUCCAUAUGACUUUCCCUCACGUCAGGACACCAUGGCACAUGCUUUUGAAAUGGAUGAAGGUGAGAGGCCCAGUGUUAGUUCACCCAGGAGCUCAAACAGAGACUUUGCAACGCCAACCAGGUCUAUGUUCCAAAAACAGAACAGACAGAGAAACGGUCACCUCAAAAAUCUACGGGCCACUUCUCCAAUGGGAAGAGUCAUCCUAAUAAAUUCACCUUUAGAAGCCACCAGUGAUGAGAGUGAUUCAAUCCUUGCUAUCACAGUGGAUAAAACUCACGAUGGGAAGUUGGGUUUCAGCGUUCGAGGGGGAUCAGAACACGGACUUGGCAUAUUUGUUAGCAAAGUGGAAGAAGGAAGCAGCGCCGAGCAAGCUGGUUUGUGCGUUGGGGAUAAGAUCGCGGAAGUGAACGCCAUUAGUUUAGAAAGCAUAACUAUGGGGAGUGCAGUGAAAGUCCUGACGGGGAACAACCGCCUUCGUAUGAUGGUGAGACGAAUGGGAAAAGUGCCAGGGAUUAAAUUCUCCAGAGAAAAAACCACAUGGGUGGAUGUUUUAAAUAAGAGGCUGGUGGUGGAGAAGGUAGGGUCCACGCCGUCUGAUACCAGCUCUGAAGAUGGAAUGAGAAGAAUUGUACAUCUUUACACAUCCUCCGAUGACACUUGUUGGGGUUUUAACAUCAGAGGAGGAAAAGAAUUUGGACUUGGGAUCUUCGUUUCCAAAGUAGAUCCUGGAGGGAUAGCCGAUGAAAGGGGUAUUAAAGUUGGAGAUCAAGUCCUUGCAGCCAAUGGAGUCAACUUUGAAGACAUAAGCCAUAGCAAGGCAGUGGAAGUGCUAAAGGGGUUAACACACAUUAUGCUGACUAUUAAGGAAACGGGCAUGUACCCUGCUUACAAGGAAAUGAUAGCGGAGUAUUGCUGGCUCAAUAGAUUGACAAAUGGCCAACUCCAACAGCUUUCACAAACAUCUGAAACCAGUUCUUCAAUAUCUUCAUAUUCCUCUGGAGCUGCAGUGAAUGCUAUCAAUGGAUAUCAUCACGCUCUCAUCUCUAGUCCAGCCAUGUAUGAUGCUGCAAUGGUGGAUGUUGGCAUUUCUACAGAGGUAUCGCAUGAUAGUUUGUUAAGGAGAACAGAAACUGCCAUACAGACUGACCUUCCUAGGUCUUCUUCUAGGCUCUCAGAUUUUGAAGGACCUCAGAAGUUGGGGAAGGUCUUAUCUGAGACCCAGAUAACUAUACGCCCAACUGUACUGCUAAAGGACACAGCCAUAAGGACAGAAAGCUUCCUGGAAUCUCAACACAAGAAGAAGAAGAAGUCCUCCAGUGGGGAUAAUUAUAGGUCUGAAUCUCCAAAAACAGCAUUAUUAUUGGCUCUCAGCAAACCUCGGAAACCAAUUAAGAGAUCUCAGAGUUACCUUACUCUUUGGGAAGCCAGAAAAACGAAAAAGAAAGAGAAACGUACAACUACGGAAAAUGCUAGUCUGCAACGUUCCAAAACCUUUAUGAAUUUAUUUUUUAAGGGUAGUCGAGGCAAAGUAAAUGGUGAAAGCAGUCAAGGAGCUUUGAGCAAACCUAAAUCCCCACCAAGCCGUGACACAGAAAAAGGAAAAGACCGUAAUAAGCCAUUUUUCUUUGGAUCUCAAAGGGAUUUAAACACAAUAUACAAUGGAGACAUGCAGACCUCUUUGGAGGACAGAUUGGCUACAACCGAAGAUAUGGCCUCAAAAUUGCUAAAUGAAGACGAGGUUUCAGCCGUUGCACGCCACUGUAGAAGGUAUAUCCAGGAGGGGGGAAUCGAAGAUCUGGUGAGGCCGCUGCUUGCGAUUUUAGAUCGCCCAGAGAAACUUUUGUUACUACGAGAUAUAAGGGGUCUGGUGGCUCUUACCGACCUGGGGAGAUUUGACAGCAUGGUUAUUUCCCUGGAACAUGAUGCCUAUGACGCCCUAAAAAACAGAUCUGUGACGUCUCCUGUCCUUCGGCCAGCUCAUCAUGACGACUCACUUCCUAAGAGACAUCUGGUCACUCCGGUUCCUGAUUACAGGGGAGCCUUCCACCUGAAGCCAGUUGAUGGCGAUUCAAGCAACGAAAGGCUUUUAUCUGGAGAAAUGGAAAGGUUAAAUGUUUCAGACUCUAGAGAGGUCAAGAGGACACAUUCUAAAAAUUACACCCCUCUGAAAGAUGUGCCAGUCGAUGCCUGUAAUGAGCAAAAUGUAACUUUAAAAAAGUCUUCCUCUAGGCCUUUAAGGCCAAACUGGCUCCUUACAGAAUCUACUAAUCCUGAAGAUGGCUCUCUAACUCCUUCGUUACACAGUGAGACUAUGACUUUGCCGGCCAGAAGUAAAAAAGAGCAAAAACACCAAAAUGGGACACCACAAACACCAAAAACUACACGCAGCAGGUCUAAAGAAAGAAAAGAUGAUGGGUAUUCGGUGCUUAAUAAACCCAGAAAAACCAGGCCAAUCUUGUCUCAGAUUUUUGGAGGGGUUUCUUUAGGUCCAUCAAACCUUGAUAUUCGGCUAAAGCCUUUAAAACAGGAUACAUCGUUUGUGGAAAUUAAUCAGUCUUCACAGAAUGGAUUCACCAGUGAGAAAGAAGAGGAGUAUGAACUGACCACUGUAACAAUAUCAAAGAUGAAGCAGUCAUUGGGGAUCAGCAUUUCUGGUGGCAUUGAAUCAAAAGUCCAACCAAUGAUUAAAAUUGAGAAGAUUUUUCCUGGAGGUGCAGCUUUUGUGAGUGGUGGUCUCCAGGCGGGUAACGAACUGGUUUCCGUUGAUGGGGAGUCUUUGCAGAAUGUGACGCACCAGCGCGCUGUAGAUGUCAUCCGUCAGUCGUACAGUAAUAAAAUGAAAGAACCAAUGGAAUUUGUUGUUAAGAUACCGAAGACGUCGCAGCAGUGACGGCAAGUUAUUUAUCUGAAUACACAUUUAAACCUCGGAGCUCAUGUUAACUGGCACUUUACAUCACCGAUUAUGGUGAUGGGGAAUAAACAUACAACUCUACUGUAUAAGUGAGCGCUAUCUCCCUGGAUCAAAGGUAAUG